AUGACGUUUCUCGAACGAUAUUUAAUUGCAGUUGAUAAAUGUUAUGUACAAAGUUUGAAUGAUUCAGAAACUGAACCAUAUAAAUCGAAAUAUGAAGCAAGAAAAUUAUUUGAAGAAUUAUACGAUGUAGAUAUAGAUGAAAAAUCAGAUAAUCUAGAAAAAGAAUUCCAAACUUUAGAUCUGAUCGAAGAAGAUGAUAAGAAAAAAUUUAUUAUGAUUCAAUCUGAUCAACAAGCAAAAGAACUAUCCGUUUCAAAAAAACAUCGUUAUUUAAUCCAUUUAUUACUUGAUUAUCAUAUUGCUGCAAUCUACAGUGAUACGGAAGAAAGAAGUGAAGGUGAAUCUCGUUUACGUUCAAUUUUAACAUCAAUUGAACAAGCUCUUUAUCAUCCAUUACUUUGUUCUCUUAGUUUAAAUUUACUCAAUCAAUUAAUUCUUAUUCGUACAUCCUUUGAACAAUAUAAUGAUGCUAUUGAAAUUGCUAAACAAACCGAAGAUCUUUAUAAUAAAUCAUUAGUAAUAGAACCUUAUCUUUUACGUGAAAUAAUUCAUAUUGAUACAUCAAUUCAAGCAGAUGAUCGUCGUCAAGAAUUCGAACAAACAUAUACACAUACUUUAUUUUAUCUUGCACAAAUCUAUGGAAAACUUGAUCAAAAAAAUGAAUCCGCUAAUUAUUGUCGUUUAACACUUGAACGACAAUUGACAAUGUUCAAUACAAAUCAUAGUAAACAUUUUGAUCCAUUCGAUUGGGCAACAAAUUGUGCAACAUUAUCACAAUAUUAUAUGACAAAUCAUGAUUUUGCUACAGCAAGACAUUGUCUUAUGUGUGCUGAUAAAAUGUUAGAAAAUGUUCCAUCAACUCAUGCUGAGAAUGAUAAAUUAGCUGAACGAAUAGCAAGUUUUAAACGUUGUUGGGUGAAAUAUGCAGUUAAUUUAUUAAGUGAUUCAUCUGAUCGUCUUCUUCAAGCAGCUGAUCGUGAUGUUAAUCCAAAUGAAAUCGUUCGUUCUUCUACAACACCACAAUUUCAAUUUAAACUCUCUCUUCCACCACCAACAAUCACAUGUUCUUUUAUUCUUGAUUAUGAUCAAGCUCGACAAGUAUUUCUUUUUGCUAUGGAUAAAAUCGAUUCAGCUAAAUCUUAUUAUAUUCUCGAUGGUUUUGUUACUGAUCAUGUUGAAUUAUGUCAAGAUACAAGUCAAUUAUAUUCUAAAUUAGUUUUUUUUGAAUCAAAUAUUGAUCGUAAAUGUAAAAUGCAUAAACGUCGAAUUGAUUUAUUAUCAACAUUAUGUGGAGAAAUAAGUGAAGAACAUUAUUUAUAUAUAAUGCGUCAAUUAUUAUUUGAAUUAGGUGAAUGUUAUUCAAUGUUACUUGAUCUUAAAUUAGAACAAAAAAGUGAUUUAAAUUCAAAUAAAACAAUCGAAAAAAUAUCUCAUUUAACUAAACUUGGUAUUUCAACAUUUGAACGUUUCCUCUCAACAAUGAAUGAUAAAAAAACCAAAGAAAAACCUGAAACUUAUGCCGAUGAAUAUGUUCGACCUGUUUUAUUAGCACAUUUUUAUAUAGCAAGAUUUUAUUCGAAAUUUAUUGAUAAUCGUCUUGAAAAUCUUCAACAAAGUUUAAAUCAAUAUAAAAUUAUUGUUAAUUAUGUUGAUAAACAUCCAAAUUCACGUGAAUAUAUCGAACAAGAAUAUAGUAUUUGUAAAGAAAUGAUUGAUUUAUUACCUUUAAAACUCGAAAAAUUACGACAAAUUAAAUAA